UGAGCGAAUCCGUUUCUGUGCGUACUGCUCAUCCCGACUAUUUGGUGGGUUACAUUUGGUUAGCGCCAAUUCACCAAGGCCGUGUUUGGCCGAGGGAAAGGCCGCUUGGAGGCCUCAAAGGCGCGUGGAUCUCAACUUGAACGUCAACAACCGGAAACGUCGUAAAGAAAUGGCAGAUCCCGGUGGUUCAAACCAUCCCGUGUGAUCCAUCUGAACUGAUCCUCUUUGAGGUGUGAGAGUGUAAGUGCAAGACGGGAAAGUGAAAUUGCUAUAUCAGAGGGACAGUAAAAAAGAACGAAGACAGCUUGUUGGUGGAACAAUGAACCCAAGAACAACAAAACUAGAGGGGGAACUUGGAACAUGGUUCUUGGAUUCUGUAUCUCACACGAAAUGUGGGGCUUUCAAAGCUAUCAUGCCAAAAACCUGAGGGUCAAGUGCCAACUAUCAACCAUAUUGAAUGACAGACUUCGAUAAGUUAAGCUAAGAGGAAGAAACGAUAAUUGUCUUCUCGCAAUUUGUUCCAGAAUUGCUUCCAAGUACUGCAUUUGUUACAGAGGGAUCCGCCAAUCAUCCGGGAACAAUAUUGAUAACGAGCUCGACCAGCAACAAUGGCCAAAGGAACACGAUCAAGCAGAAAAACAACAACCGUUGCGUGGAACAACGCUAACAAGAACACAACCAUUGGAUGUUGGUCCAAAAUGGAUGAAAGACAUGUGCUCAAGAGAGCUAACAAUCAACAUUCAAGAUCCCCUGCAAGCCUGUUGGAACUAACGAAACUCUCCAGCGCCAUCUUGUUCCUCAUCUGCUAUUUGCCCAAUCCAGUGGAUGCAUAUCAACCCGGAUUCAUUUCCCCACUUGAAAACACUACGGUGGCUUCGGGCCGAUCGGCUCAUUUCACUUGUGUGGUCAAGCAUUUAGGUGGUCACAAGGUCGCGUGGUUGCGCUCUGAUUCCAAGGCUAUCCUAGCUAUUCACACUCACAUGGUCACGAACAACCCGAGGAUGUCAGUGGAACACAAUGGCCACAAUAGUUGGACCUUACGAUUGAGUAAUGUGCAGAGAAAUGACUCUGGGAUAUACAUGUGUCAAAUAAAUACGGAACCCAUGACGAGUCAGAUUGGCAUGUUGAGCGUCGUCGAAGCUCCAGAUAUUCUCUACAACGAGACCUCCAAUGAUACAAUUGUUCUGGAAGGAGCUGGAUCUCGGUUGCGGUGUGAAGCUCGCGGAUAUCCAGAACCCACGGUCACCUGGCAACGGGAAAAUGGCGCGCUGAUCGCCCUUCGACAUGAAAGUGGAAAAACCGAAAGAGUUGAACGAGUUGAAGGCACCGAUUUGAUUCUGAAUCGUCUGACACGAGCUGACAUGGGAGCCUAUCUCUGCAUUGCAUCCAAUGGAAUUCCGUCACCCGUUUCCAAACGAAUCAUGGUCCAUGUACAUUUUCACCCAUUGGUCAAGGUUCAUGAUCAGAUUGUGGCUACGACGUUGGGAUCAUCAGUGAAACUAUCUUGCACAGUUGAGGCCUCGCCCCAAUCCGUGAAUUUCUGGGUCAAACGAAGCUCUUCUUUAACCGAAAUGGAUCAACCGAUCAAUCCUAGUCGCCGAUUUCAACCUUUGGAAUUCAAAGAAUCAGAUUAUUCCAUCCUGAUGACGCUAGCCAUCAAAGAUGUGAGGUUAUCAGAUCUAGGCAACUACACUUGUAUUGCCCGAAAUUCUAUGGGUUCAGUAAAAGGCACUGUAUCAUUGCAGCAAAUGUAUAUUCCAUCUACAACGCCGUUGCCUACCCAAAUGUAUCUAGACGAAGAUCUCAACCGUACGGAUAAACACUCUAAGAAAAAGAUCGAUAAGAGACGCAAAUCCAAGGCCAAAUACGAAGUCGAACCAAAUGUCCACGGACGUUCAGGAACGGAUCUCUCGCAACCUACUUACAUCUACUCUGUUAACUCUAAUCAGGAGGAAUACAUCGAUUCAUACGAAGAGGGCCAAAGUCAAUGGGGACAGACUAUGCUCAAUUCUGUCUCAAUGAUUAGGCCGUUAUUGAUCUACUCAGCUCUGGGAUGCCUUAUCGUGAAAAUGCUUUGAAGACCAAUGUUUGUUGCCCUGACUUGUUUUUUCUCAUAUCAUACAUACACCAAAAUGACUCACUACUCGGGUAAAUGACUCACUGUUGAAAAAUAAUGGUGAAAUAAUGCAAAGUUGAAUUACGUAUUCCGUGAAAUUUUGAAUCUUUAACGCACACUGAAUAUCAAAGACUUACCAACAUGUCAAAUACAUGUUAUAGCUAUCGUAAUCUUUAUUAUCAUUCCUCUUGUAGACCCAAUCAUUUCUACCAUGUCUAGACAGUUCAAUAAACGAAUUAGAAACUUUAAUUCAAACCAUUUUAUAUAGCAAGAACUAUAAACUUCUAUGAUAACGCAAAAUUUGAAGUAAUGUUCUGAUAAGGAUUCAUGAAUUCUGAUUAAACUGUGUCUUAUCUGUCUCUCUGGUUAGAUUAGUUUGCUCUUCAGGCUCAAAAAGAGCCCCAAGUUUGCACAAGAGAUAAGUGCGUGCUUUUCGAGAACCUCUAAUCGUGAGAGAUAAUGGGCUCCGUUUGUCUUGCAGUAAAGUGCUUGUAUCCUGUGAGCCAUUAAGAAAACCUCCAACUGAAGCAUAUUUUGCCCUUAUUAGGGUAGGUCAUUGUGUGGAAACCCCAAGGGUUGUCGUUAUUAUCGAAGUGAAAAUUUAUUGAGUGUUCAUCAUGGAAAACUAUUACGAUCAGAGUGACUUCAUCGAUGAAAGGAUUGCGAAUUUGCAAGGUUACGCACAGCUUCUACAUGUAAUUAUUAUUCUUGUGGAAUUUGCUGCCUUUGGCAUCUGCACAUGGGUCAGGUUUGAUCUGGAUUUUCAACAAUGGGUUCGCGAGAUCGAUUGGUACACAUAUUGGUAUUGCAUGUACGUGAUCAUGAUUGCUUCAGCCUUUGGUAUACUAAAUUCGGCAUUGGCCAUUUGGGCUAUUCGAGGCGAUAGAAUUGGAAUGAUCUUCAUGAAUUCCAUGAUUACGGUGUUGCUGAUACUCAUGGAACUCGUCGGAGCCGUGAUCAUCCUUGUGUUCGGCGUGGAGGAAAGUACGGUCUUGGUCGAUCAGUUACACGACGUGUUAAUUGAGUUGGUGUACAAAUGGGACGAUGAUCCACGUGCCUCCAGAAUUCUUCGACAGAUCCAAGAAUACGUUGGGUGCUGUGGCGCUGAUGGUUCCGAUGACUUUAUUCAGGCAAUGAAGCCCGUUCCUCCAGAGUGUCGAGAUAUGAUCACUGGCGUGGAAUACGCAUAUGGUUGUCAGCAACAACUGGCAUGGUGGCUGGAGCCAUGGUCGGCCACCCUAGCGGCUCUAUGUAUUUUUUUGAUUAUAGCCCAUACCAUUCAAGUUGUUUUGGAAUCAAAAUUGCGAGGAGCACUCAGGGAAUAUAAUGAAAUGACUGACGGAAAGACAGUAUAUGAGUAAAAUGAAAAUUUUAUGGAACAAUAAUCCAGUGAAAAUGAGUACUGACUGCAAAUGAUAGAUGCGAAUGUUUGUAUGUAUUUUUUGUCUCUUAUUUUACAAUAAAGAUGAGAAAAAACA